AUGUCUAUAUUUCAAACCAUAAUAAAAACAGGCAAAAGACAAUUUUAUAAAAAUUUACUAAAAUCUUCCCAUGUUUCAUGUAAAUGUUUUAAUGCCCGUAAAUCUUCAGAUGUUUCAAGGAAGUUCAUAUCGUUUGAUGAAGUGGUGGCGCAGAGGAGAACUGAAGCGAGACAGAGUAUCGUAGUGCAAGUAAAUUCAGAAGCCUCGUUCAAUGAACUGUACGGUUAUUGUUCUAAAUAUGCUACCAUCAAAGGAAUAUAUCAUUAUAAAAAUUCUUCACAAGAGCAUUUCAUGCUCAUUGAGUUCGAUUCUGAGGAUAACAUGAAGGAAGUGCUACGAUCAUGUAGUGCACACCAUAAAGACUUGGAUGUAAUGGCCUUGAAGUCCCCAUUCCUAUGGUUCAGAGCUGCUAUUGGGAGAAAAGAAACAUUUUCUCCACCAACAGCUACACUUUUAUCUCUGAACAGCAGUUCAUUAGUGGAUGAAGAUGUGAUGUUGCAAGAUAUGGUGAAGUGUUCUACAGUAUCAGAACAAAUGCAGUUGUUAUAUGAUAGAACUUUUUUGAAUGAUUUUGGGACCCGGUUAAGAUAUAUAGUGGCACGACAGCUAGAAUGUGUAUUGCAAAGCCUGUAUGCUAACAUAGCAGUGAGGCCAUUUGGUUCAUCGGUUAAUGGCUUUGGGAGGAUGGGCUGUGACCUGGAUCUUGUGCUAACCAAUGUUGUCACUGAGGACAUGUUGGAUGCGUCUCGGCGGCUAGUGUAUCAAGACAAGAAGUGUGAAGGUGGGCGAAGUCCAUGGCAACGUCACAUAGAGAGUGUCGGAGAGCUUCUCGAACUGCGUGUACCAGGGGCCACAAGGCUGCAGCGGAUACUACACGCCAGGGUGCCUAUCCUCAAGUUUUCACAUGAGUAUACCGAUCUCGAAUGUGAUCUAUGCUACAAUAAUAUGUCCGGUGUGUACAUGUCAGAGCUUCUGUGGCAAUUUGGAGCUCUGGACCCUAGAGUCCGCCCCCUCACGUUCGCGGUGCGGCGCUGGGCCAAGACGGUGGGGCUGACAAAUCCUCACCCUGGCCGGUGGAUCACCAACUUCUCCCUCACACUGAUGGUACUGUUCUUCCUUCAACAGAAGUCUGCCGAAGGAUGUGUGUUGCCGCCUCUAAAAGAUUUAGUUAAGAGAGCCGGAAAAGAAGACGUAAGAAUAACAGACGAAAGUCUCAACUGUACAUUUCUCCGAGACCUGAACAAGCUGCCAGUGGAGUGUUACUCACAGAAAAAGGCGAGCCUGGAAUCCCUACUUCUGCAAUUUUUUGAGUUUUACUCGCAGUUUGAGUUCCAGGACAAAGCGAUCUCUAUUAACGAGGGCACGGCUGUGAGGAAACCGAACGGUCUACCGCUGUAUAUAGUGAAUCCUCUAGAACAAGCGUUGAAUGUCAGCAGAAACGUUAGCUUUGAAGAGUGCGAGCGACUCAAAUUAGAGGUCAGAAAUGCCGCCUGGCAACUAGAAGGUUUUGAAGGGCAGAAAGAAGACGACUGGGGUCUCAUAAGUUUAAUAGAAAAGAAAUCCACUCGGGGUCUAAAAAAGUUACUCCGUGUAGGAAACUCUCACAGAUUAAUAUCGGUUAAGGACUUGUUUGAUGACACAGAAGAGGUUAUGUCUGAAAAUAACUUGAGAAGUAAACUACAAAGACUGACGCCGAAGAGUGAUAGUCAGGUCGAUAAGAGUGUAAAAGAGAUGAAAAAUAUGCUAAGUAAUGUGAAAGAUAGAAAGGAAAAUAAAAUGAAAUUAAAAAAUAGUCAGGUGGCAAGUCAAGUGCAUAGGAUACAGAGAGAGAAGAUUGUUUGA